GGAAUCAGGUGGUGGAGAGGAGGAGAGAGAGCAGUGCCCUCUGGCACCUGUUUCCAAGCAAUGACCUCAAAGGCCAAGAAGCGGGUGGUCCUUCCCACACGCCCUGAGCCCCCCAACACAGAACAGAUUCUUGAAGAUGUCCAGCGUGCCCAGCCCAACGACCCCGUUUUUGUCCUCCUGGUGGAGCCCAACGAAGAUUUGCCUACCCCAACAAAGAAUGAAGAUCCAGAGGCCAAGAGGGAACGCCUGUACCGGCUGACCCAGUCCUACGUGGAGAUGAAUCACCGCCUCCAGAAGGCCUGCAGUUUGCUCAAGGAGAAGUGUGAGGAGCUGAAACUGGCCGGAGCAACCCUGGAGCAGGGCAUUUUAGAGAUGAAGCAGAGGGCGUUGUGAGAUACUUUUUUGGGGGGGAAAGUGACCACAGUCCGAGUGUGACCCGCCUUCUCCCCCCCCCCGCAGGAUCCCAUGCCAUGCUUUGAACUACGGACUCGCAACAUUGUGAUGUGAUUUCAAGCAUGCCUACGCUACACAUCUUCAACACCGUCUUGUGUUUUACAUUCCGUGAAUUGUGCGCCCAAGCCAGCCGCCUGCUCCAAGCCUCUUGAGGGCCUGGAUCUCUUCGCUGUGCUCAUGCUGAGAUGCCCAGUUGUGCAGUUAGCGUUGUUUUUAUUGUUUUGGCCCUAGAUUCCCUGUUGCUCUUAGUUCUCCACAGCUCCAUUUGGCCCUCGUUUUGUUUUCUUCACGCAGACAUUCAGAACAAAAACAGCUCCCUUUGGGGAAAGCUGAGGGGAAGUUUCCACAGAGUUCACACACAUACACAGAUAGGCUGGGACAAGUGGUUCUUUGUGGGAGGGGUAGGGUGGGGGUGGAGGUGACAAAAAAAAUCACCACUUGCCCCAGGGGCAGCUUCCCCCAUAAUUUUUAUGCCAUGACAUCUCCUUUGUUCCAAUAUGAUUUCUCUCUCUGGUACUGCCUGGAGGAUGAUGCCAUUGC